CCUGGCGACUGUUUAAAUAGAUCAUCAUAGUAGCCGAGAACGCAAAGAACAUAGCAACAGUAGUAUGGCCGAAUCCAGGUUCGAAGAAACCGCACUCCUGAUUAAAAUAAUCGUAGAGGAAUGCUUGAGAAAGCUUGAAAUUCUAGAAUUGUGCACCAAGAAUGCAAAAUUGUACGACCCUACCGGCACCUACACCAUAGCUGACUUACUACACCACAGAAGCAAAGGUUUGCAGGCGAUUGUACUAGAACUUGCCGUAAAUCCGAAACACCCGGGAUCGUCGGUCGCCUCGCUAAGCACACUGGGCAGUUGCAUUCCACUCGAUGAAAGUGCUUCGGGCGAGGACAGAGUCUACUACGAUCGCUUUGAGUAUCUUGACAGAAGCAAAAUAAUUCAGCGUCUAGUGAAAAGGCUUGAAGUGCUUAAAUUUCAAUGCCACGAGUGGAACCACAAACUGCACGAAGAGUCGCAAAUCGAAAUGACCAAACAGCGCUUUGUAAUGUGGUGGGAAUUGGCACGAAAAGAGCAGUUGCAAAAAUCCAUUGCCCUUCGUGUGCAAGAUCUGCAGCAGGAGCAAACGGUCGUCGAUCGAUGCAGAACCAAUGCACUUCAGGCUGCCAUUACGAUCGAUGAAUACUACGACUGGAAGCUGACAAACAUCGAGCAAGCCAUCGAGGGUUGGAUGACAAGAUUCGAUCGUGAAAAGGAGGAACAAGACGCUCGGUUUCAAAAAGCGCGUGCAACCGAAAAGCACUGGAAUGAGUUGAUGCAGCUGCACGAACAACAGGCACGGGAAAUUGUUGAUUUAGAAAGGGAUUUAGAGCGCUGGGAAGAGGAGGCGAAAUUUAAAGAAUACUGCCACCGCAUGGCUACCAAAUUGCAAGCCUGGUGGCGUGGCACAAUGGUACGGAAAGGGUUUGGGCGGUUUGAUACUACUGGCAGGAGAGACAAGGGAAAGAAAAACAAGGCCAAAGGUAAAAAACCGAAAAAAGGCAAGAAAUAGAGAGUUUCGAUAUCGUUCACAUAACGGUCACGCAAGUUAA